CUCGAUGGUUUGACACCUCUACUGCUACUGCAUACACGAAAAUAAUUUGUCCAAAUAGUGCAUGUUUUAAAAGAUUUUCUGUAUGUAUUUAACACGAAAUUCAAGCUGAUCCAGCAUUCAUUGCUAGCGACUGACUCUGUCCAGUGUCCACUUGUUUGUUAUGAAUAUAUCGAAAGUGACAACAUCGCUUGCUGCUGCGGCUGCUGCCGCCGAAAAGGCAAAACCCGAACGUGUAACAUCUGCAACCACAGCACUAAAUUUGAAUGCAAUCAAUAUACAGAAGCGCACCAGCAUCGACGAUACCGAGGAUCCGAAUCGCAAGAAACUCAAAACCGAAUUGCUGCUUUGCCCGCCCUCGACUAGUUUGCCCGCCAAACAACAACAGCUACAACAGAAACAUCACCAGCACCACCGACAACAGCAACGUGCUGUCGUCCUAGGAGGCUCCGUCCAAGCACCGUCAUUGGCAUUCCAAGCAACAGCUGCAGCUGCCGCCUCAAAACAAAUAUCUACUGCCUCCGAAAAGUCUACAGUUGAGCGAUAUAAGCACCAACAAGUGGAUCAAGGUGGCACCGAGAAUGCCUGGGAUCCGCGCGAGGAUCAGAUUAUAGUAUGUAACUUUGGUGCUAACGCUGAAAUGAGUGCCUCAAUCAAGCCUGAAGAAGCGCUCGAGGGUGGCCAAAAGCAGAGUUUUACAAGCUUUACCAAAAAGGAGACCGUCUGUGCGUCGUCUGCAUCUUCUUCCUCAUCGACGGCUUCCACUAUUUCGAUCGAGCCGAGUGGAGGAGCCGAGCAUAUCGAGCAUGCCAACAAGACAGUGUUGCCUGCCGCUGAGGAGUUGGACUACGCCCUACUGGCGUCCUCGGCAACUGAACAAAAGGUGGUGCCCGAAAACUCAACCAUCGUGUCGGCCUCAGCAUCAGCAUCCUCCAACACCGCAGCCGGUUCGGCGGUGACCACAUCCGCAGUCACCCCUGUCACUGUCACCUCAUCCACAACGUCUACGAUAAUACUGAAUACGAACAAUGGAGGCGGAUCGGGACCAGGCGUGGGAGGGAGCACUAUAAUGAACCAGAAGUCUUCACAGGCUAACUACAAUAUAUUUAGUGCGACGGCUGGAAGUAGCCAGCAGCAAGUAAGCCUCCAGCCCACUCUGCUGAACCGCGUGAAUAUCCAAUCCAAGAUGAAGGGCACCCAGCUGGUGGUGAACGCGAAGAAGCUCUCCGAGGUCACCCAGACGACAGCCAAGGUCUCCAUCGGCAACAAGACGAUCUCCGUGCCGCUCCUAAUGAGUGCUAGUGGCGCGGCUACAGCUGGUGGCGCCACCAUCGUCGAAAGCAAGCAAAUCAUGCAACCCGGCGGUCGGGGACCCGUGACCAGCGCUGCCCCCUCCGGGCAACAUAGUGCGGCGCAGCACCAUUCCCAGCACCUCAACUACACAAAGCUGAUCAAGCGCGUGCCCAAAAACCCCACCACAAUCGUUUCCUUCUCAGGUCUUCAGAUCAAGCCGGCCAACACCAAAAUAGUCGCCGCCAAGGUGGUCAGCAAAAAGAUGUCCCUGCAGAUCCAGCAGCAGCACCAGCUCCAGCAGCAGGUCCAGCAGUUGCAGGUGCAGCAGCAGGCCCAACAGCAGGUGAACAGCGGCAGUCUGGCCCCCGCCACGGCCAGCAUUGUGGCGAUAACCACCACGAAUUCCAACCAAACAUUCGCCUUGGUUAAAGAAAAGCUGCACGACGCCUCCGAGAUUGUCGACACUACGCACGAGCCGGGUGUCGGGGUCAAUGUCAACUCUAGUCGCAAUCCGGCCACCAGAUUGGCUGGCCACAAGAUAACCUACAGCGACAACAUCUUCAACAAGUCCAAAUCGCACGACUCUGGAGCCAGCGACGAGUUUGGAAAUAGCGUCAACAGCGUCGUGAUAAAGCCCCUGGAUAAGGUCAGUCACAACUGCUCGCCCAGCUUUAAUAUCUUCAAGCAGCAGUCUGUGCCAGCGGGUGCGGGCGCGACAGCCGCAGCCGCCAUAAUUCAGACAACCGGUACGGUGCCUGUCACAAUGACAAUGACGCCAUCCGCCUCCGGCAGCGGAUCUGACCAAAUGACCAGCAGCACCUCAUCCGUCUCAGUGUCGGCCAUAAUCAACGAGACUGUAGCCAAGUCCACGGCGGGGACAAUCUGCAUUAACACUCCGGGGAUGGGGGCCCGGCCCAUCAUCUCCAUACAGAACAAGAACAUAUCCCUGGUGCUCUCCAAGACGACAAUGGCCCAGCAGAAGCCCAAGAUGAUCACCACCACCGUCAGCAGUUCCGCGCUGCAGACGCACCACGCCCUCAACCAGGACCUGAAUCCGGAAAAAUCAUCCCCCUCGUCGUCAUCAGUAGUUUCAGUGUCAGUGUCGUCGCCGGCUCCAAUGCAGCUGAAGCUCACGUCGGUUCCCACCGUGGUGGGAUUGGGGUUGGGCGUGGUUACCACACCAGCCACCACGCCCACCAAAUUGAGUGUAAACCUGGCGGCGUCAGAGACACUGCCCUUCUCGAUUAUAAUCCCAAAGCUGGAUGAGAUGAGCAACGAACCCAAGACCAAUCUGCUGGCCAAGCAGGAGGCUAUAGUCAAGGAUGCUCCCACCGCUCCGCCUCCGGCUUCACCAGCUGAGCAGCCCGGCGAAGUCCUAGUCACGCCGGAGAAGCGUCUGAACUCCAACACUACGCUGACAGCCAUCACAGCCCCAGCUCCAGGUCCCCCUACAUCCACGCCUACGGUGACGGGCACAACCACGCCCACCCCCAUAGCCACAGGCAUAGGCACAGGCACAAUCGUUGCGUCUGCGGCAGGUACAGGUAACAGUAACCAGCGUUCCACCUCUGAUGACUCGAACAACGCAUUGCUGAAGCAGCUGCUUCAGAACAGCAGCAGCAGCCACAGCCACAACCUCAACCUUAACCCAGCCCACGUCGCUGCCAGCACAGCGCCACUGUCUGCCCGCAAGGUGAUCAACGUACGGGCCCCGAGCAUGGGUCAAGUCAGCUCCCUGGAGGCGCAGUUGGCCCGUCCCGUCAUUCCGCCCGUGCCGGCGGCGGUAAGUAGUAGUGGCGGAUCCGUGCCCACGCCUACCACUACCACCACAGUGGCAAAUGGGAAUGGAGGCAUCAGCCAACAGUCGGCGGCGGCCGCACCAGCUGCUCCGCCUCUCGCUCCAUCUGUAGCCGCUUCUGCCUGCGCCACAGCUUCUGUGACCACUGAGUCUCCCGUUCCUGCAACUAAUGCCGUUGGGGAGCUUGAGCAGCAGAUACCGGUGGUGCAGCAGUCCUCGAUGGCCCAGCAGGCACUGCCAAAACCCACACCCCCGCCACCAGCAGCUCAACAACAGCCACAAAACCAAGUGAAGCAGACCGUACAGAUUGUGUCCAAGGAGACUUCGUUCAUAUCCACACCUCCCACGCACUCAGCUCUGUCAAUUGGAGACAGGAAGUUGGCGGAGUCUUCUGGGGGAGCGGGAUGCACCACAAGCAAGCCGGCAGAGUUCUUGCCGCCGCCGCCCUAUGAGCUGGCCACCGCUCCCGUUUCCAAUGUGACAAUCUCUAUAUCCACCAAGCCCUCCAAAGAUAUGAAUCUGCAGAUGAAGCACAAGUCCGCAUCCGCGUCCAUUUCCAUGCCCAUGGCGAUGUCGAUGACAAUGGAACAAGAGUCCCUGGGCGUGCCCUUGUCAGAACAGGCCGAGCAGCCGCCAACCACCUCGGACAACCUUCAGACAACAGCAACAUCAGCAGCAGUGCACGGUACAGCAGGAGCAGGAACAGGAGCAGUAGCAGGUGCAGUAUCAAACAGCUGGAGCAGACAGAUCCAGGACAACAACAGCAGCAGCAUUCACAUUGAGUCGGGAAUGGGCCAAACCAUGGCCCUCCAUAAGAUGCCGUUUAAGUCCGGUGAGGCGCAGAAGAGAAAACUAACCAUUCAGUCGAACACCCAGCUGGAGGAGAAGCUCCAGAUGCAGCACAACCACCCUGAUGCCUCGCAUAGCAAUGAUCUGAUGCAGAUGCCUGUGGCGAUAGGGAUGAAGCCUCUGCCACCCAGCACCAAUUCAUCGGGAGCCCCAGGAUCGGAAAAGAACAAGUUGCAGCUUAUUUCAGCCAUAACCAGCUACGUAAAGAAAGCUGGCCAGCCAGGAGAGACGCCCCACCAGGCACAGAUGCAGUCUCAUAUUCAUGGCCAGAUGCCUGCGCAGAUGCACGUGCAUCAGCAGCAGCAGCACCAACAUCACCAGCAGCAGCAAGUGCAGCUGCAGGCGGCUCAUUCACAUGCACAGGCGCAUCCCCAGCCCAGCCUUCAAAGCGUGCCAGCGGUUAUGGAACCCAAACCAGGGGACCAGCGCAAGCGGCGCAAACGCGAGGUGCAGAAACCACGGAGAGCCAAUCACAGCGCUGGGCAGGCAGCCAACAGUCCCAAGGAUCUUUCCGGGACGCUACCAGCAGGUGCGAUGGUGCAGCUGGCCCGCAUGCCCCCAGGCACCCAGUACGUACAGGGGGCACCCGGCACUGGACAUGUGCCCUCGGGAGUGGUCGGAGCUGGCGGCGGAGGGGGAGGGGGAGGCGGUGCGGCCGCCUCACCCAUGCUGAAGAAGCGAGUGCGAAAGUUCUCCAAGGUGGAGGAGGACCACGACGCAUUUACCGAGAAGCUAUUGACGCACAUCCGCCAGAUGCAACCGCUUCAGGUACUGGAGCCGCACCUCAACCGCAACUUUCACUUCCUUGUUGGGAGCAGCGAGAUGGCAGGCGCAGGACCAGGAACAGGAUCAGGACCAGGAUCGGGCGGGUCCAACUCUGGCAACAGCAAGCUAAAAGUUGUCGGAUCUCUAUCCCGGGGUUCGCCGCUGGAGGAGUGCGACGGAGCUCUGCUGGGCCACUUCGGUCGGGUGCGGCAUCCCAGUAUUCCCUCGCUGUAUGACAGCGAACGCUUUGGCGGGAGCGGUGGCCCGUUAGGGGGAUCUGCAUCCCCAUCGGGGUCCAUGGGAGGAGUAGAGGGAAAGUCUCAGCCCAUGUCCAGCAUCCAGAACGACUUCUACGACCAGGAAUUCUCCACACACAUCGAGCGGAAUCCCCGCGAGCGGCUGCUACGGCACAUCGGGGCCGUGAAGGAUUCCAAUCUGGAGACCACUGAGCUGGUGGAGGGCGAGUCAGUGACUGCAUGGACGGCCCUGCCUCGACUUACGCGCUUUCCGGGCCUUAUUCUGCUGAACAACAACAGUCGCGGCCACGGCCGGAUGUCGCCGGUGGCCCUGGCCGAAGAUCCUUUCACCAUGCGGAUGCCCACUUCGCCCCUACUUCGAACCUGCGCCGAGGAAUUGCGCAAAGGCCAGCAAAUGGAAAUGGGACUGGGAGGCGGCAUCGGCCACAGCAACAACAGCAGCAGCAAUAGCAACAACAACAACAACUAUCAGCAGAAGAACCAGAAUGUGAUACUCUCGCUGCACUCAUCGACGACGGACAACAUAGCCGGCGUGCUGCGGGAUCUGGCCAAUCUGCUGCACCUGACGCCCGCCCUUACAUGCAAACUCAUCGAGGAGAAGGCGGACUCGAAGGCCGGCGCCGAGCCCAGUCUCGAGCAGCCAAAGGGCCAGGGAGCGAGGGAGGAGGCCGAGGAGCAGGCGGAAAAAGAGACGUUCAAGCGGCCCCACUACGUAAGCAACGGUCACCUCAGAAAGAUACUCAACGGGCGGCGAAAGUUGUGUCGGAGCUGUGCGAACGUCGUCCCUGCAAGCGGCCUGCGCGUACCCAGCCAGAGCAUGCCUCCGCUGGAGGAACAGCUGCCCCGGCUGGCCCAGCUUAUGGCGCUUUUGCCCCGGAAGACGCCACCGCCUCCAUUCUUCUACUUCUGCGAUCGUGCCUGCUUGGCCAUGUUUAAGUGGAGCGGGAAGGAGACUCAGACGAAAGCCGAGGCGGCCAGCAUCUCUCUGCUUACGGCCAGCAGGUCCUCGAAAGCCGGCCAGUUUGCAUCAGGUUCAGGCCCGACCGUUCCUCAACAGAAUGUAGUGAAGACGGAGCCGCCGGAAGAGGAGCUCGACGCGAAGCAGAACCGGCAGAGCAGCGAGACCGCUGCGCCCCCACUGCAGCGUAAGUGCAUCGUAAAAUGUUUUAGCAGCGACUGUUUUGCCACGGAAUCGUCCACGAGCUCGGACAUCAAGCAGGAGUGGAGCGAGGGAGCGACUUCAUUCGCUGCACCAAACAACACAGUGUGGGAAACGGACGUGGUGAGCCACUUGGAGGACACGCGCCAGUGCGUCUUCUGCAAUCAACGCGGCGAUGGCCAGGCUGACGGACCUUCGCGCCUGCUUAACUUCGAUGUGGACAAAUGGGUGCAUCUCAACUGUGCCCUGUGGUCGAACGGUGUGUACGAGACGGUGUCCGGUGCGCUGAUGAACUUCCAGACUGCGCUGCAGGCGGGGCUGAAUCAGGCGUGCAGCGCCUGCCACCAACUGGGAGCGACAAUCAAAUGCUUCAAGUCGCGUUGCAACAACCUCUACCACCUGCCCUGCGCCAUCCGCGAGGAGUGCGUCUUCUACAAGAACAAGUCCGUUCACUGCAGUGCCCAUGGCCAUUCCCAUACCCAAAACCAUGCAAGCAGUGGAAGUGCCAAUGCCAAUGCCGCCUCUGGGGGUGGGUCUGGCUCUGGAGCCGGAGCCGCUUUUGGGCCAAUGGAGAACGAGCUAAGUUCAUUCGUUGUGCACCGUCGGGUGUUCGUGGACCGCGACGAAAAUCGUCAGGUUGCCACCGUCAUGCACUACACGGAGCUGAGCAACCUGCUCCGGGUGGGCAACAUGACAUUCCUUAACGUGGGCCAACUGCUGCCCCACCAACUGGAGGCCUUCCACACACCCCAUUUUAUCUAUCCAAUUGGCUACAAGGUGAGUCGAUACUAUUGGUGCGUGCGGCGUCCGAAUCGACGGUGUCGUUACAUCUGCUCCAUAGCCGAGGCCGGCUGCAAGCCUGAAUUCCGGAUCGUGAUUCAGGACGGAAGCGACAACCAGCCGGAACGCGAGUUCCAGGCCAGCACGCCAUCGGGGGUGUGGCAGCAGAUCCUGCAACCAAUCACCCGCCUGCGGAAGGUGCACAAAUGGCUGCAGCUCUUCCCGCAACACAUCAGCGGCGAAGACCUGUUCGGGCUAACAGAGCCGGCCAUUGUGCGCAUACUGGAAAGCCUGCCCGGGAUCGAGACGCUAACCGACUACCGAUUCAAGUACGGCCGCAAUCCGCUGCUGGAGUUCCCGCUGGCCAUCAAUCCGUCUGGCGCCGCCCGCACUGAGCCCAAGCAACGCCAGCUGCUCGUUUGGCGCAAGCCGCACACCCAACGUACUGCAGGCAGCUGCAGCACCCAGCGCAUGGCCAACUCGGCGUCGAUUGCCGGAGAGGUUGCCUGCCCUUACAGCAAGCAGUUCGUCCACUCCAAGAGCUCCCAGUACAAAAAGAUGAAGCAAGAGUGGCGCAACAAUGUCUACUUGGCUAGGUCAAAGAUUCAGGGCCUGGGCUUGUAUGCGGCCCGAGAUAUCGAGAAGCACACCAUGAUCAUCGAGUAUAUUGGAGAGGUCAUUCGCACCGAAGUUUCCGAGAUACGGGAGAAGCAGUACGAAUCCAAGAAUCGGGGCAUUUACAUGUUUCGCCUUGACGAGGAUCGCGUCGUAGACGCCACUCUGAGCGGCGGUCUGGCUCGCUACAUCAACCACUCGUGCAAUCCUAACUGUGUGACGGAGAUUGUUGAGGUCGAUCGCGAUGUGCGGAUCAUAAUAUUCGCCAAGCGUAAAAUUUAUCGUGGCGAGGAGCUCUCUUAUGACUACAAGUUUGAUAUUGAGGAUGAUGCACACAAGAUACCGUGUGCCUGUGGCGCUCCCAAUUGUCGAAAGUGGAUGAACUAAAAGCAGAAGCAACUCCAACAGCGAGCACCAGCACAAACCAACCCACAUGGAAGUUUCCCCAGUAAAAUGAAACGUCUGAGCAAAUGGAAAUUCAUUCUCUAAACAGUAUAGAUUUAUGUACAUAUAUAUAUAUAUAUAUAGUUAUAUUUAUGCAUACGUGCUUUAGUAGAGCAUAGGACCCUGUAAGUUAUGUAUUUUAUAUAUGCCCGCCGCCCACUGUAGAAAAUUUGUAUCUUUAGUCCUUAAUUACCCAUAGAAAAGGGGACAGGGGAUGAGAAAGUGGAAAGAGUAGAAAAUGAACAGCAUUUUCGUAGUUUAAAGUGCUCAAUUGUAUAAUUUCUAUACAAAAAAAUAUGUAUUUUAUGUUACGUACAUUAUUGCACGACUAUCUCCCACUCCCAGCACCACGACCGAAUAUAGAGCUCAGAGAGAUAGACCCUAGACCCUAGCGAGUACCCCACUUGACUUUAUGCGUGUGUGCCUUUCUUUUUGUUUACCAUUAUUAUAUUAUCAUAAUUAUACCGAUUAUUAGUUUUCGCAUUCUUACAAUGGACAUUAGGAGGUAGAGACAUGAAAGUGUGUCAUGUUUCUCAACAGGUUUGUUAGUAAAUGUAAUGUGCAGAACCUUCUUUGAAUACGUAGACAUACGAAUAUAUAUUGUAUUUUAUUUCAUUUAACUUCGGCGCCCUAAAAUUAAGCAUAUUAACUAUCCAGAAAGUGUUUUUUCAUCUCUAUAAGUGUUAAGUAAAUUGUAUGCAACCAUUUUACCAUCAUUCGAUAUUUUUUAUUUGACUCCUUAAAUACUCAAAAUUUCUUCAGACGUACAUAUUUAUAUGCUAAUCAAACAAAUGGCCAAAAUACUAGUUUCUGAGUGCUUAGACUCCUGUUCGUCUCUUUCCACGCGCUAGAAGAUUUUGAACCUCCACCAUAAACGCCAUUGUGAGCAUGUCAAAGUUUUUCAUAUACCACGAAAGGUUAUACAUUAAAUGAAUGCGCCUAUUCUUGUCCAAAAAAGUUUUAUAGAACACGCUCAUGCGAUCGGCUGAAAUUUCCUCGUUGCCAGCCUCUUUGUGCAGUCGUAUAAAGUCCUCUUUCUCCUGAAAACGACACUUGUUGUAAUUCUUCGUCUUCAUCAAAGCGA